CAUGCGCACAACACUCCGCGUACCUCAUCUCUGUGCUGCUGCACAGCCUCCAAACAAGCGACGAGCCACUGAGAUUACCACACGCUAGCCCUUCUCCUGAAGCUCCUGACGUCUCGGGAAGGUGUUGAGGCGGUCAGUGUGGAUGCUAACUCGGUUAGCCAGCUGCAGCUGCGCGCCAUCUUUACAGGUCAAAGUUCGGGUACUGCAAUGGGAUGUGGUCCCUCUCAGAUGACUGAAGCGCUUAAAGAGAGAGAAUCCGAAAAGCAUAAAGAGAAAGCACAUUGAAAAUCAAAAAUAAGUCUGCCUGUGCAGAAUAAUAAAGACCCCUUCUCCAUUAAGCUGUUUUCCCCUUUUUUGCCAAAAUGUCAACGGUCACUUCAGCAAACCCAGAAGCUCCUGCAGUCAUCAACCCUCCUCCCCCUGAGGUGACCAACCCUACCAAACCUGGCCGCAAGACUAACCAGCUGCAAUACAUGCAAAAUGUAGUUGUCAAGACACUGUGGAGGCACCAGUUUGCAUGGCCUUUCUACCAGCCUGUUGAUGCCAUUCAACUUGGUCUUCCGGACUAUCACACGAUCAUAAAGAAUCAAAUGGACAUGGGCACCAUCAAGAAAAGACUGGAGAAUGUGUACUACUGGAGUGCAAGCGAGUGUAUGCAGGACUUCAACACAAUGUUCACAAACUGUUAUAUUUACAACAAGCCAACAGAUGACAUUGUGUUAAUGGCACAAGCAUUAGAGAAGAUCUUCCUUCAGAAGGUGGCCCUGAUGCCUCAGGAGGAGGUUGAGCUUCUUCCUCCUGCCCCGAAGGGCAAAGGGCGCAAACCAGCAGGGCCUGAUCAGCAGGAUGGGGCUGUCUCUUCUGGCUCGCCCACUUCUGUUUCCCCUGGUGCAACCUCACCGAGUUCACAGACAGCAGUCGUGUCUCCAGCUCCAGUGCCCACCAUCACCCCUAGCUUACCAGCUGUACAGAACACAACCACUGCCGCCAUGAUACCCGGCAUGCCUCUGUCGCAACCCAAUCUCAAAAAGAAGGGGGUAAAGCGGAAAGCCGACACAACCACCCCUACUACCUCUGCCAUCACCGCCAGCAGGAGCCAGUCACCCACCCCUCUUUCAGAAGGCAAACAGGGCAAAGUGGCGGCCAGGCGAGAGAGCACCGGUCGCCCCAUCAAACCCCCUAAAAAGGAUUUUGAGGAUGGCGAACUAGGCGUACACGGAAGCAAAAAGGGCAGGCUUUCAGAGCAGCUCAAGUACUGCGAGGUCAUCCUUAAAGAAAUGCUUUCGAAAAAGCAUGCUGCAUAUGCCUGGCCUUUUUACAAGCCUGUUGACGCAGAGGCUCUCGAGCUACAUGACUACCAUGAAAUAAUCAAAUACCCCAUGGACUUGAGCACAGUGAAAAAAAAAAUGGACAGUCGAGAGUACCAAGAUGCACAGAGUUUUGCUUCAGAUGUCCGAUUAAUGUUCUCAAAUUGUUACAAGUACAACCCACCUGAUCAUGAGGUGGUUGCUAUGGCCAGAAAGCUGCAGGAUGUGUUUGAAAUGCGUUUUGCAAAGAUGCCCGAUGAGCCAGUGGAGGUGGCCGGGGCAGGUGGUGUAGGCGGGGCCGGUGUGGUCAGUAAGAGUACUGUCAGCAGUGAGAGCAGUGGCGGCGACUCCACCUCUGACAGCUCCGACUCCGAGGAGGAGAGGGCCACCCGGCUCGCCGAGCUGCAGGAACAGGUGGGUGCGGAACAGUGUAUCUCUUUGGAGCACCCCAUUGGUAGCAGACAGGGGAUAAAAAACGGGUGCACCAAGAAUAAUCAGCUGAAAGCCGUCCACGAACAGUUAGCUGCUCUUUCUCAGGCCCCGGUAAGUAAACCAAAGAAAAAGAAAGAGAAGAAAGAAAAAGACAAGAAAAAGAAAGAGAACAAGCACAACAAAUCCAAGCCAGAGGAGAAAGGCAAGCCAGGACAGCCUCCGAAACCAGCCCAGCAGAAAAAGGGUCCUGCCAGAAAGGUUAACAGCACUGUUCCAGGCAACAGGCAACCAAAGAAGGGUGGCAGAGGGCCAGGCUACGAGUCUGACGAGGAGAUGUGUCUGCCCAUGACGUAUGAUGAGAAACGGCAACUGAGCCUCGACAUCAACCGGCUGCCUGGCGAGAAGUUGGGCAGGGUGGUCCACAUCAUUCAGUCCAGAGAGCCUUCACUGCGGGAUUCCAACCCUGACGAAAUCGAAAUCGAUUUUGAGACGCUCAAACCUUCCACUUUGCGUGAGCUGGAGCGAUAUGUCAAGUCCUGUUUACAGAAGAAACAGAGGAAACCUCCACAGAAAGGAGGCUCAGGCCCCUCUCGGCUCAGCGGCAGCAGCAGUUCCUCAGACUCGGGCAGCAGCAGCUCCAGUGGCUCCACUUCAGAUAGCAGUGACUCCGACUGAACACUUUAUUUACUUUAUUUUUUUUUUUUACACUUUUAAAAAAA